UUCACCAGCUGUGUUUGCAUGCUCCAUUCCUCCUUACCUCUCACGGCCUUUUCCCUCAUCUCUCUCCCUCUCUCUCUCUCUCUCUCUCUUUCUCUAUCUCUCUCUCUCUCUGUCUCUUCCUGGUGGGAUGGUUGAGGGGUGGAGCCUUGGCUGUGAGUGGCGGGAGGGACUCCGACGCAGAGCCACAGGCAGGAGUGUGUAUGGUGUGUGCAUGUGUGUUUCACAGAGGGAACGACCGCACUAGAGAGAGAAACAGAGAGGUUUUGUGUGUGUGUGUGUAUGGGAGAGUAUAGGUCUCUAGAUGGGGAGAACGUUCGGAGUGUGACACAUACCACUCACACACACACACACACACACACACACACACACACACACACACACACUGCUGGUCAGAACAAUGAGCCUCUCAGCUCCAGCAACUCUGCCCAUCCCGUCCGCCUGUGUCUGAACACACGCUCUCUCUCUCACACUCUCUCUCUCUCUCACACACACACACACGCACACACACAUACACACACACACACACACACGCUCAUCCCGUUCGCUCACACAUGCUGCUCAGUGAUGUGAGGGAGGGAAAAGAGUCACACACUGUUAGGACUGUGUUGUAAUUGGCAUGCUUGGUCUAGACAGCUCACACACACCCACACUCUCGCACACACACACACACACACACACACUCCCACAUACACAUACAGAUACCCGGUUGCAAGAGCUGAAGUUUCGCAGGAACUCCGUUCUCUCCAAACACACACUCGGAAAGGUGAAGCUCUGCCGCCUGCCGUGGAUAAAUUACAUGUGACAUGUUUAGCUGGGCUGCCUUUUAUGGCGCACGCUCUAUCUCAGCACGGUAGAGUCCAGAGAGAGAGAGAGAGAGAGAGAGAGAGAGAGCAGUAGAGAGGCAGUGUGAGAGAGGAGUGUGAAGCGUUCACUUGCUCCCUUUGCAGCAGUCAGUGGAGUCCGUACUGGAGCGGAGUUGCUACUGACAGACGUGCCUUUGACAUCCGCUGCUGCUUGGACUGCUUGAAAGGGCAACACCCCCCUCCCCUGCCCCCUUUUUCCCGCUUCUGCCACCCGCCACCCGCUUCAGUGCCAAGUGACGUCCGCAGUCCUGGACAAGAACGGCCUCUGCCACGCACCUGGUCGCCACAGCAACACCCUCCGCCCCCCUGCCGUGUGCCCCCAUGUUGCUUCUCGAGUCUGUGUCAUAAGGACGGAUCCAGGCAGUGUGUGUGUGUGCAUGUGUGUGCGCAUGUGUGUGUACGUAUGUGUGUGUGAGUGUGUGUGAGUGAGUGAGUGAGUGAGUGAGUGUGGGCGAGAGGUGACUGCUACUGCCUCUUUCCACACCGCCAACUCUCUCCCCCUCUUUCCCCGCAACCACACGUAAUCAAUAAUGAGUUUCACCAUCCGUCUGGCCUGGCAGCGCAGCUGAGGAGAGACCGAGUGACAGCAAGACAGAAAGAGUGAAGAAACAAGAGACAGAGGCCUCAACAGAUAGAGGCUUCAAAAAUCGAAAAGGUCACGACAAUGGGCCUCUGAGUUUUGAUUUCUGAGUGCCUACAAACGAAAAGCCAAAACACGUCCAAAUCUCGUCUCACUUUCCGAGUGCACAAACCAAACCGGACAAAACGCUUCCUCUGCAUCAGCGCCGUCAUAUCGUCUGGAUUUUUUUUUUUUGCUUUUAAGCCAAAAUGGCGGUUAAUGUGACGCCCAUCCGGGACACGAAAUGGCUGACGCUGGAGGUGUGUCGCGAGUUCCAGCGAGGCACCUGUUCCCGACCCGACUCUGAAUGUAAGUUCGCCCAUCCGGCCAAAAGCUGCCAGGUGGAGAACGGGAGAGUCAUCGCCUGCUUCGACUCCCUCAAAGGCCGCUGCUCCAGAGAGAACUGUAAGUAUCUGCACCCUCCGCCCCACCUAAAGACGCAGCUUGAGAUCAAUGGCAGGAAUAACUUGAUCCAGCAGAAGAAUAUGGCUAUGCUGGCCCAACAGAUGCAGCUGGCCAAUGCCAUGAUGCCUGGCACACAACUACAGCCUGUGCCCAUGUUCUCCGUCACGCCCAGCCUGGCCACCAACGCCACAGCACUGGUUAACCCAUAUCUGGGCCCCGUGUCUCCAGGCCUGGUGCCCACCGAGAUCCUGCCAAGUGCACCCGUAUUAAUGACCAGCACCCCUAACGUCCCCGUGCCCGCUGCAGCUGCCGCCGCCGCCCAGAAGCUCAUGAGGACAGAUCGGCUGGAGGUGUGUCGGGAGUACCAGAGAGGUAACUGCACACGAGGUGAGAACGACUGCCGCUUUGCCCACCCCUCCGACAGCGCCAUGAUCGACACCAACGACAACACGGUGACCGUGUGCAUGGACUACAUCAAGGGCCGCUGCUCGCGCGACAAGUGCAAGUAUUUCCAUCCUCCGGCGCACCUGCAGGCCAAGAUCAAGGCCGCGCAGCACCAAGUCAACCAGGCGGCUGCAGCCGCAGCCAUGACUCAGUCGGCUGUCAAAUCACUGAAGCGACCCCUCGAGGCAACCUUUGACCUGGGAAUUCCACCCGUUUUGCCUCCAUUACCAAAGAGACCCGCACUUGAAAAAACCAAUGGUGCCACGGCCAUGUUCAACACUGGCAUGUUCCAGUACCAACAGGCCCUGACCAACAUGCAGUUCCACCAACAGGCGGCUUUCAUACCAUCAGGCUCAAUAUUGUGCAUGACACCUGCAGCGAGUGUUGUUCCCAUGAUGCACGGUGCUUCGGCAGCCACUGUGUCAGCAGCCACCACAUCCGCCACAAGUGUUCCCUUCGCAACAGCCACAGCCAAUCAGCGGACCAAUUUGCCUGUGCUUUACAGCAUAUGGGAAAAAAACAACAUGGUCUUUUAUGAACCUACAAACCCAAAAGAUUCCAAUAAUAUCUGCAGAUCAUCUGACUAGUCACAAAUACGUGACUCAGAUGUAGGACUCCAAACAAUCACCACCAAGUGUGCUUGUGUGCUGUCUGAAUUUUAGGAUCCACCCUUUAGACACCAAGCAAGAGCAACAGAAGAUGAGAAAAAAAAAAAAAAAUCAUGUCACCAUUCCUUGGAAUGACGGAAACACGCAUGCUAACACUGUUAAGGAUUUGAUAUAGUUGAAAGUGCAAAAAAAAAAAAAAAAAAAAAAAAAACUAAAAAAAACUCGAUUUCGAUACUUUUUUUUUUUUUUUUUUUUUGGCAGCCGGAUGAAAAGAGCAUCACCGUCUGCCUUUUUCUGUCUGCGGAUGGUACGAAGCAUGUCCGAACCAUCACGACGACGAGAAACGCACGGUGGUGUCUCCUGUCAUGUUUUUCGGUACAAAAUUUCAGUUUGGUUUUGUUUCUGGGACUCCGUGAUGGGCGUGUUUUAUUUUUAUUUUAUAUUUUAUUUAAUUUUUUUUGGUUGUUUCUUUUUUUUAUGGUUUACAAACCACAGUGCACCUUGAAAACUCAUUCUUUUAAAAUAAUGUCAAAAGGAACUUGCAAAAGAAUGUCAUGUAAGACUAGAUAUCGUGCAUGCAGUGUUCCAUUUGUCAGCAGAUCUUUUAUAGGACUUGAUUGUAAUAAGGUGCAGGGGGGACAGAGGAUACACACACACACAUACACACACACACACACACACACACACACACAAAAUGACAACUGAAUGUCCGAGAUCUUAAACACAGCAGUGUUCCUUCUUUUCGAAGCACAUCGAAGUGUCGAUCUUCAUGUUGCGGACUCCACAUCAAGUGCCAUAGACAGUACUUGCAUCCAAAAAAAAAAAAAAAAAAAGAUACAAUAGACUUAUUAUAGGAGUGUUACAUGUUUGUAUUAUUAUUAUUAUUAUUAUUAUUAUUGCCUUUAAGUGUCUAAUGUGUUGUCUGGGUCUCUGUUUUACUUUCAAAUCUUCAGAAUUUUGUUUUAUUUUUCAUUUGUUUCUUGCCCAAAUAUCACCCCGCCCCCCGCCCCCAACAAAACAAAAAAAACUAAGAAACAAAAAUCGCCAAAAAUGUGUCAAUACUGAAAAUUCGAACGCUGUUUUAGCUAGCUUUAUUUGAUUUACAGUCUCAUUUGCCGUUUCUUUUCAUUUUUAUUUAUUUCAAUGGAUUAUUUAGGUUCUCCAGACUUUGUGCAGAAACACUCAAAACUGACAAGGACUCCAUUCACACGUUCCUGGUGGGAAGCGUGCAGAGUUUUGUUUUUUGUUUUUGUUCUUAGCAAAUUAACCUUGUUUUAUUGUUGUUAUUGGGUGUGUGUAGAAUUAGGUGUGAAUGGGUUGUAAUUCCAUAAGUGGCAAACGAAAAUAAGAGAAAAAUAGUAUUUAAUGGGGUUUUUUUUUUUUCUAUCUCUUAUGUAAGGUCCACUGUUUUAUUCUUCAUGUUUGAUCAGAGGUUGUGGGUGUAUUAUUAUUAUUAUUAUUAUUUUAUUUUUUUUUUUAAAUUUACUUCCUUCUCAGCCCUGUGUGGGAGAGCGAUGAAGCCUGAGGUCAGAGAUGCUACAGAAAGGGCUGCUGUGUAAAAAAAAUAAAUAUAAAAACACGACCCACUACACGGCGUGGGCGUACUGAUGAGAAUCGGUGCAUCACUACAUCUGAGGGCAGGAUUUUAAUGAUUGUAUGAUUCAAUAGUAAACGCCUUAGUCCACCACCCAGGCAUGUCGAUGCUCAUAUUCCCAUGUGUUUUGCUUUUGUUUUGUUUUUUUCUUAAAUUAUGGCUAUGUUUUCCCCCCACAAUUUUGUUUGUUUUUCAGUUUGGUCAGAUUAUUUUGUCUGUCUCAUAUAUUUGUCCAGAAAAAAAAUAGAACUAUUCUGUCGUAUAACUAAGCUCGGAUACUGUUUUAGUAUUCCGUUUUGUCAAGUAAGAUUUAACUUUUGUAGAGUGUGAAAUAUUAUAAAUAAUGUGUUAUUUUUUUUUUGUUGGUUUGUUUGUUUGUUUGUUUUUGCGUUCUUCACACUAUACUCAGUUUUAAAGUUAUGUAGUGCCGAUUAUUUGAGUAUCGAAUAUUAGCAUAUUGAGUACAAACCGAGACGAUUUUUAUUUUUAGUGAAAGGUCAUUUUCGUUUUUGUUUGAAAUCUUUGAACAAACAUCUUUUAUAUGAAUAUAUCUUACAACGAGGAAAUAGUUGCCAAGAGACAUAGCUGCUGUGGCAUCAACCAUGGCUGAUAUUGGAAUAAUAUUUUACUGAUCUUCUGGUUUGUAAUUAGUCGUUCUAAUUAGAGAGAGAGAGAGAGAGAGAGAGAGA